GAACCUGAGAUAAAUCCAAAAGAAACUAAAUUUGAAUGGCAACGCAAAUAUAAUGCUCCUAGAGAAAGCUACUGCAAAAACUCCUCUGAAGUUACAGAUCAGCCUUUUGGAAUUGAGGUUAGAAAUGUCCGCUGUAUGCGCUGUAAGCAGUGGGGGCACAUGAAUACAGACAGAGUAUGCCCUCUUUUUGGCCAGUCCUUUACACAAGAGCCAACACCUGAUGAUGUUCUACCCCUUGAUCAUGCGAAAGCUAGCCUUCGUCAGGAAGGACUUGAAUUCAAGAAAGCAACUAAUGUGACCGGGUUCAAUUCCAUAUUGUACAAAGCCAAAGAAGGACUUAAAAAGGUGGAGCAACGAAAUGAAGAUGUCGAGCACGAUUUAACACUCCAAUUUUUGAAAAAUCUUUCCGAAAAACAGCGGGAAAAGCUCCUUAAAAAAUUGACCAAGCUCUCUAAAAAAGAAUCUCGAAGAAAUGCCAAAGCUCUAAAAGAAACCUCUUCUAAAGACAAGUAG